AAAAUUUAAACUCAAAAACCGUAAAACCAGAGCAUUUAUUUAAUUUUAACAAUUUAUUCAUUUAGGAACUGAAGCUCAACUUCUCGAACAUGUCAACCACCACCCAAGUGGUGGUUCUCGACAACGGCGGAGGUCUAAUCAAAGCCGGCUUCGGCGGCGAACGCGACCCAUCCGCCAUUCUCCCGAACUGUCUCCACAAACCCCUCGCCUCCAAAAAAUGGCUCCACCCAAAUCCCCUAAACACCCCCGCCUCCGCCGAACAAGACCUCACCUCCGCCUCCGUCCGCCGUCCCAUGGAUCGCGGCUACCUGAUAAACCCCGACCUCCAACGCGAAAUCUGGUCCCACCUCUUCACCUCAAUCCUCCGCAUAAACCCUUCGCAAUCCUCUCUCCUCCUCACAGAACCCCUCUUCUCUCUCCCCUCAAUUCAACACUCCCUCGACGAACUCGUCUUCGAAGAUUUCAACUUCACCUCCCUCUACGUCGCCGACUCCCCUUCCUUAGUUCAUCUCUACGAAACCAGCCGCAGCCCCAACGGACUUCUCUCAAAAGCCCAAUGCAGUCUCGUCGUCGAUUGCGGUUUCUCCUUCACACAUGCUUCACCUGUAUUCCAAAACUUCACUCUUAACUACGCUGUUAAGAGAAUCGAUUUAGGUGGUAAAGCCCUAACGAAUUACCUCAAGGAGCUUAUCUCGUUUCGCUCUGUUAAUGUCAUGGAUGAAACCUUCAUCAUUGAUGAUGUAAAGGAGAAUCUCUGCUUUGUUUCCGUCGAUGUCCCUCGACACCUUAACAUUGCUAGAAAGAGUGGAAAAGAGAAUCUUCUGAGGUGUACUUAUGUUCUUCCUGAUGGUGUCUCGCACACAAAAGGGUUUGUUAAAUAUCCAGAACAAGCUAACAGGUAUCUUUCUGAUGGUAAGGAAAUGAAGGAGGAUGUGGAUGAUCACGAGGAAAUUCUCCAACAACAACAUGAGAACAAUAGACAGAAAGUUGAUUUGACGAAAAAUGAAUUUGACUUGACCAAUGAACGGUUUCUUGUCCCGGAGAUGAUUUUCCGUCCAGCUGAUUUGGGAAUGAACCAGGCUGGAUUACCGGAUUGUAUUGUGCGAGCAGUAAAUGCCUGCCAUCCUCACCUCCAUCCGGUACUCUAUGAAAGCAUCAUUUUAACUGGUGGAAGCACCUUGUUUCCUCAUUUUGCUGAGAGACUAGAGAAGGAGCUUCGGCCUCUAGUUCCUGAUGAUUAUGAUGUGAAGAUAACUACACAAGAAGAUCCCCUAUUAGGUGUUUGGCGUGGAGGGUCUCUCCUGGCAUCGAGUCCAGAUUUUGAUUCAAUGUGCGUGACUAAGGCUGAGUAUGAGGAGCUUGGUUCUGCUAGAUGUCGCAAGAGAUUUUUUCAUUGACAAUGCAUGCUACAAAUGCAGAUAUGCAAAUAUGUACACUAACAUGUACUGUUUAGUCGUUGAGAUUCCUACAGCUAAUCCACACAAAUGACACUUACGGAAAGAUUGCCAAUGCAGCAAGUAUGCAAAUGGAGUCGCCCGGAUUCUUGGAACAAAGGUAUGAAGUUUGGAUGACAUACAAUUUUUCAAGCACCAUGAUGCUGGCCGACUGGUGUUGGAUAUGUUUCCGAAGGAUGGUAACUUCCAUUCUAUAUGGGCCGCAAGUAUGGCGUGCUUUUGAAGUGCCAACUAGAGCCUAUCUCUUUCAAAGUCACCAUUGAAGGAUGGUAACUAUGUCUCUUUUAAAGUAUUGCUACAAAAAUCCAAUUGUCUCUUGUUAAAACACUGUCAUUAGGAAAAAAAUAACAAUUUUAUAGUGUUUGGUAGGAAUUAAGCUGUUUCAAUUUAUUAUUUUAACUAACUAAAAAAUGCUUUACUUAUACUUAUUUUUAA